AUUGAGCCGAUUUAUUUGGUGAUCAUUAGUCGUAGAUGUUGCAGGGGAAAGAUGAGAGUACGUUCUAUUAUCCUAGCUGCAUUCCUCUCAGUGUCCGCUCAAUAAAGCUGUGAGGGAAGAAGAAGGCCGGACACGAAUCCAACGUAAGAGCUAAGGGAGGAGAGACGGAGGCGAGAGGUUGAUCUUGAGCUGCUUUACUUAUGAGGUGGCAGUGCUGGAUUCACAUAGUGUACACACACAUAGUUGUUCCUAAUCUCAGUGACUGAGCCCUCCCUUCUGCUCCUCCUCCUACUCUCUUCUUCCCCUUCACAAUCAGCUGCCUGAGAAGCUCCCAAUACCUCCACUUCACAACUACUCUGCCUUACCAGGCUGAGAGGACUUGGCAUGGGGACCCCUUACAUGAGGAUUCUUACUUAGAACUGGCAAAGAACUGGGAAGCGCUUUCCAACACAUCAGCAGAAAGAGCAUUUAAAGGAGAACGAAGCGAGCUGACAGAGAGCUGACAUACACAGUAAGGCACAAUCCAUAGUUCUGAUGGGGGACGUAGGAACAAAGCGCUCAGCACUUGUCUCCAGGCUUCCAAUAUUUAGACGCACUUUAAGCCGCAAACAAGACUCCUUGCCUUCCUCUCCUUCCUCCAACAAUACCAGUGGACUGCACAGUUCUUCCCCUUCUAGCACCAAUUCCAGCUCAGGUAGCACUGGGAAACGCCGAAGUAUAUUUCGCACUCCAUCUUUAAGUUUUCAACAUAAAAGGGUGAAUGAUCAAAAAUAUGAAUGUAGCCAAGGUACCAAUAAUCCGGAGGAAGCCCAAAACACCCUGAAGAAUCCUGAUUUGGAAGAGCAGGUUAAGGUCAAAUUAAAGGGCUCUACAAGUAUUCCUGGCUCGUGUAGGAAGAAAAUCACCAGAUCUUUGACUGAAAACUUUGAAGGGAAGAAAGAACAUUCAAGUCAUAAAAAUGUGUUCACAAACUGCUUGGGUAAAAGUGAAGGAGAUGACUCAGGAUUUAUAGAGAAUCAGACCAGACGUUCUGUUAAACAUUCCACAAGAAAACUCCUUCCUAGGUCUUUUUCAUCCCAUUAUAGAUUCUCUAAACAUGGAUCUCAGUGCCCAGCACCUUCUCCAUCACAAACAUCAGGGUGUAAAGAAGAAGAUCAUACUAAAAUUGAAACAAAUUCUUUACCUGCCAAGACGGUACAGCAUAGCAGCACUGAAGUAACAGAUUACAUAGAACACUCAUUGCAGUCACCUCUUAUAUCAACCGAUCACACAACGGCUCCACAGACACCAUCAGACUUCACCUUUAUGGAUGAUUCGGCCUCUGAAGCUGACUCUUUGCCAAACAGUACAACUCAGCAUUCCAGCAAACAGCUUUUUUGCCAUCCGGUUUCUACCUCACAAAAUUUAGCCAGCCCAGUAGCUGUCACUACACACGAAAAAAGUGAUCAGUAUGUACCGGAAGACAACUCCCAAUGUGAUGGUCUGUCCCUUACAAAACCUAAAGUAGAGGCAGCUGUUGAAAGAUCUGAGUCUAUCUCUUCUCUUGUAAAUUCUAAACCAUUGUUACCUAUUUGUGAACUUUCUUCAAGCAAUGUUUUUAAUGUCAACAAUGGGGAGCAACAUAUAGACAAGCCAGUGUUUCAAAAUGGGGAUCACACAUAUUCCACACAAACUUUUCCAAAGAGAUCUGAGCCAGCAGUGUAUCACCAACGUCGAGCAACUUCUACUAUGCCAAAUCAUCAUUCAUUGCAAGAAUCUAAUGGAAUUGCUUCUUUCGAGACACAGUCUACCAUGAUCCAUCAUGGUCAUUCUAGAGUUAACUAUGCCAGCAGUUUCAGCCCACAUAGAGAUGGACGUUAUUCAGAGAGACGUUUGCGUUCAUCUUCAGAAGGCACAGCAGGGGGCAGUAGGACGGCUUUCAAACCAAAGGAGGGAAACCUAGAUGAAGGGUCUCAUUUCCGAAAACAGAGAACAAUCUCAACAUCUUCAAAAAUGAAUAGCAUGGAUGUGUUAAAUAAUUUGGGCUCCUGUGAAUUGGAUGAAGAUGAUCUCAUGCUUGACCUGGAGUUUACAGAAGAGCAGCAGCUUCGGCGAGUAUGUCGAGAAGAUUCCUACCAGUCCAUAGUAUCAUGUUCAGCAGUAGCACUUUCCCACAUGGAACAUGCAAGUGAAACAUAUAAAUCUAAAGACGAAGAACCAAAAGUGUCUGAAACUACACAAAGAAACCUCUUUCUACAUUUGCCAAAAGACAGCGAUCCAGACGAUACUAAGUGCCCUCGUGUCUGCCAAGUGCCCAGCAGCCCAUCUGUGGAAUGGCCCUUUGCACAGGAAGAUUGUACUGGCUUAGAAUCAUUGCCAUUUAGAUUGAUGAUGCAAGACUGUACAUCUGUAAAAACAUUACUGCUCAAAAUGAAGAGGAUCCUGCAAGAGAGCUCUGAACUGAGUCCAUCAAGCAGUACAACAUCGCUGCCCAUUAGUCCUAUUGCUGAAAGAAGUCUUCCUUUUAAGGAUAUAAUGAAAGACGACUACUCCAUGCUGAAGAUGCAGCUUAAAGAACGAGAUGAACAUAUCCACCAACUGCAAGAAGAGCUGAAAGCCGCUCGAACUUUACAGCAAUUGCAUGUCUUGAGGCAAGACAAAUAUACCCAAACAGAGUCUUUAAACCAUGAAGUGACUAACAAUGUCCAGAGGAAUAGUACAAGUACAGAAGGCUCUGUUUACAAAGCUAUCAGACCUGUUCAUUGUUUCCAGCAUUAUCAGUUCAAAACCAACAUCUGGACACAAGACGCUCUACACUAAUGUAUUCAAUUAAGUAUCAUUAAAAUGUAAUAAGCUUUGGUUACAAAACAAUAAUGUAUUCACAAAUGAUGCUGCUAAACUGCAGUUUUGCAUUAUCUCGAAUGAAAAUACUCCUUUUUGACAUUGGUGUACAGAUAUAUUUUCAUUGCAAGGACUUUAAUAACAAAAUAAGUGGGUAUUGUCCCUCUGGGAAAUACGUUUUUAUAUAAUAAUUUAAAAUACAGAAGGACCAUGCACUUGGACCAGUAGACAGCAUAUUAUUUUGAGAGUCUGUUUUUUUUUCUCCUACUGCACCAAAUAUUUUAUGUUGCUUAUGUCAGUUUUUUGACACAAAAUAAUGUGCUGUCUGAUCUGAUUUUGUUAAAUUAUUUUCUAAAAUGUUUUGAUUAUUUCUGUAAUUUGACAAAAAUGACUGUACAAUGCAAUUGCUAAAGUAUACCAUUAAACAUUUAAAUUUUUG